AUGCGUCGAAAAAGCAGCGGGCCGCGUGACGAUGAGCCCGAUACCGAUGUUAAAGUGCUGACAGACACACUUGAAGAGUACUGAAUAUCUAAACCAGACAUUUUGAGACCUUCUCCUAAUCUCCUCUUCAUUUCAGCCGUUCCCGUCGCAGCAAAGAGAGAACCGCGACGACAGGAGCUGCAGGAGCCGGUGGAGCCAACGCGAACGAACGGAUGUCGAAGAGAGUGGCGUCGGCGUCGCUGGCACUUCGGCCGCAGACAAAGUCGUCGGAUUUGAUGUGUGUGUGCGAUUCGAUUGAUGAUUCGGUGAGUUUAAAAAAUGGGACGUAGCGUGUGACAAGCAAGGCUUUUGAAAAUUAACAUUGCCUUUUUUCCAUCAAAGUCCCAUAAACUCUUCUCUCAUUUUCAGACGGUCACCAAGAUCACAAGCCUUCCGGAGGGAAUCGAGCGACGCGAAUGGAUUGCUCACAAUGUGCUCGGACUGUUCGAGCAUGUGAACGCACUUUGCGGAACUCUGACGGAAGUGUGUACGCAGCACACGUGCCCCCACAUGAGCUAUCCGGGUACGAGUAAAGCCGUCUAUCAGGAUGAGCGCGGAAAGCGGCAGAUUUAUCCGGCGAUGCAGUACAUUGAUUGCGUCAUAACACAGUGCGAAACGAUGAGCCGACAGGAGGAGAUUUUUCCCACUAAAUAUGGUAUGGUUUUGAAGAACAUUGCAGCAAGUAUUAAAAAUUGCUAGGAUAAAUUUUGACCCCCGUGAUUCUUUGCGAAUGGAUGAAAUACGUGAGAAAGUCAAUUUAAAACUUUCUAGAACUUUCCUUCUAAAUUUUUUGGAGACAUUACUCGAUGCUCAUACCUAUAAAUCUGCGAUUUCAGGCAACAAGUUCAACGAUAGCUUCGAACCGUCGGUGAAGAAGAUGCUGCGCCACCUGUUCCACUGCAUGGGUCACAUGUACACAAAGCACUGGGACGUGCUCGGCGCCCUCCAACUCCGUCCACAAUGCGCCAUGGUCUUCGCGCACAUUGCCGAACUCGGAAGGACAUUCAAUCUGCUCGACGCCAAAGAACAGGAGCAAGUUGACGAGUGUGUUGUUGAGGUAAGCAGCACGAAUCAAGGCCGGUGACACACCCCAAAUUCAGUGGGUGGAAACGGUGAUUUGAGAUAGCCUCAUCUCGUCUCUGAUGUGAUAUUGAGAAGAAACAAAUGAAUGGGGGAUGUAGCUGGGGAAAUUGACUGGAAGCGUUCAAAAAUCGCAUACACCUCCUGCCAAGUCCCUUUUUCUCAGUCUCACUAAUUAUACACAAUUAUCGUGUACCAGUGCCAGUGUGAAAUGUGACAGAUGAACAGAAAUGUAACUUGGAGACGAUUAUCUACGGAUUUCAACUUGUUCUAGAAAAACACGACCAUUUUUCAUACAAAAGUCGUCCGACAAGUCAUUAGAUAAUUGAAAAUUCAGAGAUUUGGUAAUAUGGUAAUAUUUUUGAUAUUCUUUCCAUAUCCGCAAAUAUUCUGAGAACUAUUAUCGAGCUCAAACUUGUGGAAGGCCACCCCAUUCCCAGCCGCUUCCUUGUUUAUAACUGCGUUGGCAGCAGUGAUAGGAAUGUGGAGAGAUGGCCGAGUGGUCUAAGGCGCUGGUUUUAGGCACCAGUCCCUCCGGGGGCGUGGGUUCGAAUCCCACUCUCUUCAAUGCUUUUUCUUUUAUUGACACCUAAGGAUUUUAGAUUGACUUUUAGCUUUCCGACACUUUUGGUAAUGUGUUUGACACAGUUUUAGAAGCAGAAAAAUGGUGUGGUUAGCUAGAGUCUAAAGAGUUUUUGUUCUGAACUUCAUUGUAAUUGCUUUGAAAAUCCACAAUUCUCAAUUUUUCAGGUGCGACCAGUUCUUCCGGUGUUCUCGCAAGCCAACUCAAUGGACGACGGCGACAAACCGAUGGAUUCGGAGCGUGCCGUCCGAGUUCCGUCGUCGAAAAGUGGCAGUUGGGGAGGAUAUCCGUCGCCGGCGGUGCUCUCGUGCAAGGCCUACGCCCAAACUUGCUGA